GACUCACCUUCAAGACAUCCUAGAUGUAUAUGACUUUCUUCUUUCAGACAAAUUCAUUUGGAGUUAUUAAAAUUUUUAUUUGUUCUCAGAAACGCAACAAAACCAGGAUUUGUAAAGAAGAAUAUCUGAGCAUUUUGAUAUAAUCUAAUUAUUUUGCUAAAGUAAGGAAACUUUGCUUCCUUUUCUCUUGUUAACAAACAUUGAUUUUCAGACUCACCAGCACAUGCCCAAUGCUGAUCUCGAAUAUGGAUAUUUUUAUUACAAAAAGGCAUCGAUUUGCUACGGGAGGUCUUGUUCACUCCCUGGAGCCAUGUGAGACACCUUUUUUAUUUUUUUUAUUUUGUAUUUUUUUUUUAUGGAUGGGUGCUUUUUAUUUAACUUCUUUUGGACUGAUGCAUCCAACAUCCGUUGAGUGCCAUUUAACAGCUUGAAAGAUUAAAGACAAUUUUUAAUAUAACUCCGACUGGAUUCUUCUGAAAGAAGAAAGACUUGAUGGCGAGUAAUUUAUGGGCUAACUUUCAUUUUUGGGUGAACUAACCCUUUAAGUCUGGACUUAUUGCAGUCACCUCCAACAACCACCAUGGUCACUGUUGAACUGUCACAUUAAUUUUUUUUUUUUUUUUCAGGUAUUUGACAUCUGUAAUACUUAAAUAAUGUACCAUAUAUUUUUUUCCCCGUGCAAUUGCUCUUUUGUGAUUCUGUUUCUUUGUUCUACCCAGCAGAAUCACUUUUUCCACAAUAACUACUGUAUCUUUCCAGUCAUAAUAAAUGAGGAUUUGUCCAUUUCAUCCCGAACUUUCAAAACUCAAUUCUUAUUAUUAAUGUUUUUAUUUACUAAUUAGUUAAAUUCUUAAUUUAUUUAAUUAGCUCGAGCUCCACAAAGAGUUGUAUCGUCUUACAGGAAAAUGUAUGUAAAAUGUAAACUUAAAGCGGCUAUAGUGAGGCAAAUGUGCAUAUGCGAAAGGCGACCGUCAGCUCCACACGGACUGACAGUGACGUUCACCAAAACGAAGCCAAACUAGCGCAUCGUCUAUAAAAAUGGUUUUAAAAAGAUUGUUGUCGACUGUUUAUGUUCGAGUGCGUUCCUGACAUUUGUCAUUAUCUUUUCUCUGAUGUGUGUGUGUGUGAGGCUGCGGGCGGUUACUGAUGUCGUUGGUUAAGUAUUGAGCUCCCAUCUGACCUACUUUCAUACUUCGCAUCAGCUCAGCGCUGUUUACAGGCGCUCGUGAGCGGAGGAUGUGGACCCGGUAGCGAAAACACAUUGCCAAGUCGCGUGGUCCCCUCUGCCGCUUUAUCAUUUAUGACUGAUCCUUCAGUUAGUGUGUUUUGUGCAUAUUCUGUCCCUUGUCCGACUUCAGUCUGGCUCGUGGGUUGAUUAUGGAGAAGUCGAACUCACUCCUGGCUUCAAUAUGAGAGGCGCGGACGAGGGCAAAAGUUAAGUGUGGACCUGUCCUUAACGCACGGUUCUGCUGUUUCUAAAGCAUUUAAGGACUGGCUAGCCGUAAGAACAUAACCGCAGCAUCUCUUGGCUGCCAGUCAUUAGUGGGGUAACACCAGCGGCUGGCUAUCAGAGAUUUGUGAGUAGUGGCUAACCACUAGCAUUGGGUGGUUAUCUUGUGGUGUCGAUUGGAUUUCUGUGGGUGUUUCGAGUGUAGAAGACACGAAUGGGACACGCCAGCCUUUCCAGACGGCCUGAAUGGGAGAAGGAGUGAGCAUGGACAACCUUUCGGAGUUUGGAGGCCUUUGUCCAUCCACCCGGAGGGAAUGGGACACAGGCAGCUGUGUGGAUGAUUUAAUGGAUGAAGAUGACAAGGACAGGGCAAAAAGGGCGUCCCGUAAUAAAUCAGAGAAGAAGAGAAGAGACCAGUUCAAUGUUCUCAUUAAAGAGCUGUGUACAAUGCUGCAGGGUCAAGGUCACCCCCGCAAGAUGGACAAAUCCACCAUCCUGCAGAGGACCAUUGACUUCCUGCAGAAACAGAAAGAGAUCACUGCGCAAACUGAAUCUUGUGAGGUCCGGCAGGACUGGAAGCCUUCUUUCCUCAGCAACGAGGAAUUCACCCAGUUAAUGCUUGAGGCAUUGGAUGGUUUCCUAAUAGCUCUUACUACAGAUGGGAAUAUCAUAUAUGUAUCUGACAGUGUCUCGUCUCUCAUUGGUCAUCUGCCGUCAGAUAUGGUGGACCAGAACAUCUUGAACUUCCUGCCAGAACGAGAGCAUGGAGAGGUGUAUAAACUUCUGUCAUCACACAUGCUCUUGACAGAGCCUUCAGCUUUGGACCUACUCAGCAGCAAUGAGAUGCAUGUUGAGUUCUGCUGUCAUGUGGCAAGGGGGAACAUUGACCCGAAAGAACCACCCACGUACGAAUAUGUCAAAUUUGUUGGAGAUUUCAAGUUUCAUAAUAAUGCAGUGCCUCUGUCCUCAUGUAACGGUUAUGAGCUGGCAUUCCCACGCACGCUGCAGUCCUCACUAGAGGAGCAGAUCUGUCUCAUAGCCACAGUGAGACUUGUGACCCCUCAGUUCCUGAAGGAUCUGUGCAACGUGGAGGAUGUGUGUGAUGAAUUCACAUCAAGACACAGUCUGGAAUGGAAAUUUCUCUUCUUAGAUCACAGGGCCUCUCCUAUCAUUGGGUACCUGCCGUUUGAGGUUUUGGGGACCUCGGGUUAUGAUUACUAUCAUGUGGACGACCUGGAGCUGAUUGCUCAGUGUCAUAAACAAUUGAUGCAGUGUGGAAAAGGAAAAUCCUGUUACUAUCGGUUUCUGACUAAAGGACAGCAGUGGAUCUGGCUACAGACACAUUAUUACAUCACAUACCACCAGUGGAACUCCAAACCAGAGUUUAUCGUCUGCACACACAGUGUGGUCAGCUAUGCUGAAGUCCGAGCAGAAAGAAGGAGAGAGUUUGGAUUGGAGGAAAGCUCAUCUGAUAUGGCAACAUCUUCAAUCAAGGGGCAGGAAGUGUUUUUGGAUAUGUGUCCUCCUUUGGAUGCUACACAGGAAAGAAUCAGCAGCGCUCGAUCAGUGUCAUCUCAAAGCUCUAGAAAAUCAUCACACACAGCACUGUCUGACUCUGCGUCGAACUCAUCUGUGAGGUUCACAGAAGCGUGCACGUCAUCACGGCAGUCUGUUUCCAUUGGUCCUGAGAAGAGUACCAGCAGAAUGCCACAUAGUGGAUCAAAGGCCCUGAUUCAGAGGCAGAGCUCAUCUGAACACACGUCCCUCUCCCCCUCUUGCAGUCAGCAUUCCACUAUGACACAGUCUCUUUACGGAUUCCAGCAGCCUCAGCUAGGCGUCAUGCAUCAGCUGAAAGAGCAGCUAGAGGAGCGGACACGCAUCCUACAGGCCGACAUCAAAACACAACAACAAGAGCUGCACGACAUUAAAGAGAAACUACAACUCGCUAACAUACAGAUGUUACUCCAGCAGCCGAUUCAGGGAGAGUUUUCCAGUUCUGGUCUGCAGCAGCAGGGUCCAGGCAGACCGUCCCAACACAGCACCCACCCCAAACCUCAACACUGUGUUUCACAUUCAUCACACACACUGCUCAGAGAACAGCCCAGUAGCUCAUCUGCUCACUCAUCUGCUCAGGGACAGCAGAGAUUGGUUCAGACUGGACACAUGCAGGCCAUCAGUGUUCCAAUGCAGACACACACCAGUCUCACAACACCCUUCUAUAGCAACCCAAUGAUGUUUUCACCCAACCACGGACACCGAACCCAGACCGACACAAACUGCCAAAGAAACACACACACAGACUACAGCCAAGAUGGACAGCUACGGAUGCUACUAAACCAACCAAUGCAAAUGCUUGUACCAGAUAGCAGUGGGGGGUCCCAGGCUUCCCAAUGCAGCUCAACAAUUCAGCAAACCAAAUAUCCUCUGGACCAGCAGAUGAUGGCUCCUUCCUUCCCUGUGCAGCAGGUGAAUUGCAAUGCUGUGCUCGUCCCUUCCCCCGUCUUCACCUCACCAAUCAUGAUCCCACAUAACAGUUUCAUCACCCAUCAGGCCACGCCCACCUACACGCCUCACCCAUCGGCUGCCCCACACUUACCACUACAACAACCUCAGCAGUUCUUUCAGAUGCAGCCUCAGGGUCUGAUUCACAGUGCUCCCACUCAGGCCUUAUUCCACACCACUAGCAUUCCGCAGCAAAGUACUGUGGGAUACAUACAGCCACAACAACAGCAGCAACAGCAGCAUCAUCACUCACAGUCCAGCAACCUGUCGGACUACAGAAACAUGCUCACACGGUAGCCCCGCCUCCUGGGCAAAGUCAAGAGGUUCCCGGGAAAGCAUGUUGAGCGUUAAGCUCAGAAAGGCAUGAUGGGAAGGGACAUUCUCGGCUCAGGGCGAUGCUCGCGAGCAAGUCAAACCAAAAUCGAGAAAGCUAAAGUCCCUCAAAGUUCCCAUGACAGCAAAUGAUGGUGAUAACACCACAAGGCCCAAGGACUCCGCCUGGCCUGGACUGUACUGGAUGCUGUGAUACGUAGGAGGAGCCCGCAGGGGUGUGAUCCAUCUGUUAUUCCUGGAGACAGAGGUCACAGAGCAGUCAAGCAGGUGCUUUGAUCGAUAUGAAAGGACAGAAAGCCGUGGAUGGUUUUUGGUACUGUAAUGUUGCAGUCAUCUGGACUUUUUUUAACACAAACACACACAAAUGAGACAAAAUCAAUGAAUCAAGUAAUGCCUUGACAGAGUGUAAACUCUGCUGCGUGUGUUUUGUCCUAAAACGCAUUCUAAAAUACUAACUAAUAGAGAAAUUGGCCCAGCAAGAAGAAGAAAAAUAUACAGUCAUGAACUGUUUUUCAUGCAUAAUAUUUCAUAUGUGUGUGCUGAUGGGAGGAGCUGGGCAUAAUUCAAAAUAAAAUAUUGCCUUCCUGUUACAUGUGCAGAGCAGGGUCACCCCCACGUAAAGAAACUUGAAUCACAAUAUAUAUUUCAAAUAUUUAAGAACACUUUAAAAGUUUGCACUAGGGCAAACUUUCCUACUUCUGAGUUCAACUCAGUCCCUGUUACUCUUUGUUUUUCGAUCCACUGUACUGUCCAUAUAUUUUCUCCACCUAUUGGGUUCCAGAUCAUCAUAUUUCAGUACUUUUAUUCCAUAUUUAGGUUGACGUCUAAACAUAGCUGCUCAGGAGAAGCACGUUGGCUUCCCUGAUCGAACAGUUCUUUGAGUUUUCAGCCAUGAAUGUGGUCCGCAUGUCCACACAGUAAAUCUACAUUGAUCUGAUGUCAAUAUGAGCACAACAGAUGUGCUUUAAUAUAUAGUUUCAGUAUUACACCGGGAUGAAGCUCUGUCUAAUUUUAGCUUCGUUAGAAGAGGGACUUUGUGAUUGUUUUAUGGUGGAGAGCGCAAGUACUGCAGCAGUUAAACUGCAAAAAUGAAGAUAUAAAGACAGGUUGAAUGAUUGAAGACAAUUAUAAUGUCAGGGCUGCAGUAAUGGAAAUGUUCUCAUCUGCCUGUCACUUAGGCAAAGUGUUUCACAAACAAACUUUUUAUUUAAAAAAAAAAUUAUCAUUAUUUUGGGGAGAUGAUGUAGACAUGCAAGUUGUGAACACUCAAAAACACACAAAAAGGAAAACAAUCUGACUAUUGGAAAAUAAUUUCUAGCUGGGACUUCAAGCUGCACUUUCCGCUGUCCUGUCACUCAUUGCACAUUUAAAGAAUGGUGCUGAUUAUUAUUUAUUUUAUUUUUUAAAUAAGAGAGUUCUGUUUAAGACAGUAUAAAAUAAUGUGCCCUUCUGCAUGUUGUGCAAUGCAAAUCUAAAAAAACAAGAAUGUGUAAUUUAUACUUAUCAAAGAGAUUCUGUUUUUAGUCAGGUAUGUUUUCUUGUAUUAGCAAGAAACACUUUGUAUUAGUAAAAGCCAAUGUGCUUUUUGAUUGAAAACAAAGUUUUGUUUUUUUUUUUUUAAAGAACAUUGACAUUCCUUCAGUCAUGUAUAGAAAGUGUGAAACUCCCGACUCUCUCAGGUGUGACAUCUUCGCAUAGAUGUCUAGCUUGUUAAACUUUAGAUCAAAUCCGAUGUUUCCGAUCAAACUACACUCAAAGGAAGCACUCCAGACAUUAUUUUUCCAUAAUAUCAAUUUUGUCCCCAGCCUGCCCAUCUGAACCAUUUCUAAUUGUUUUCAAAGGUUUGUGAAGAACAUACAGUAGCUGGUUAUUCUCAGCAUUUUGUUCUGCCUCCUUAAAGUCGCACUAGAGAAGACGAGGAAGAUGUUUGGUGUAUUUGUCUUUCAGAUACAGUGUUUCAGAGUAUGACAUACCAGGUUGUUCUGCAUCAGUGCCUCCCGUUCAUCACCUUCUGCUGCUCUGAGGUCAUCUUUGGCUCUCACAAAUGCUCUUUGUGUCUCUAGACAUAAGAGAAACUACACAUUGAGUCAGAUAUAACUCUAAAUUUUAGGUUAGUCUACCUAAGAAUCCAUCUCAAUAUGGUAGAUGUGUUUUAGAAUACAAUAGCUGAUUACUAGUUUGGUCAUUAGCUGGUCCAAGAUGAUAGAACCAUCGAAGACCAGCAACAAACCAGUUACCAGAUUAUGGCAGACAAGUUAGAUUUUGGAGGAGCUAUAAAAUGACUUUCAAGUUCCAAAAGCAGUCUAAUCUGGAUUUUCCUGUAGGUUAAUAAACAUUUGAAAACAUUAAGCUCAAAAUGAGUUGGACAAAGAAAUCCAAAGGUUUCGACCUAAGCCAGAUGCCAUUGUGAUUGCCACUUUAGAGUGUGUAUAGUCCUUUGAAUAAAAAUUAGCGGCUUCACCCUUCAUUUAAUACCCAUUUGGGGUGUUUUCAUUAUUUUAGUCUCAUGUUUUUUGAGUCAAAGGUUUUAUUGUUUUGCAGGCGUGCAGAUGUUUUUUUCUUUGUGUUCAUUGAUUGGGUUGUGAAUGGUAGAUGAAAACUGUACUGACUCUCUCAUCCUUCUCUCUUCAUCCUGUAAAACUGUGCUUUGGUGGUAAAGGCUGCACUUUAUUAUUUUCCUCCUCUUUAUGACUUUUGCUUUGUGCUGUCUCUUUCUCUAGCCUGAAUCUCUCCCCAAAAGUGUCUGUUCUGAUGAGGUUUUAGGCCUUAUGGAUUUGUGAGUAUGUGUGUGUGUUGUGAGGGUGUGUAUUAUACGUGUUCCCUGAACAGGUGACAUUGUCAAUGCUUUUAUAUUCAACCAGGUGAGGGGACGAGACGAAAAAGUACACUUGGUAUAAACAGCCAUCUCUGCUGAUACUCUGCAGAAAAUAUAUGGAAGAUAUUGUAAUAUAAGAUAUACAAAACAUGUUUAGAGAGAUAUAGUUGUUUUAUUUUAUAAGAUGUCAAAUAGAUUGUUAUAAAUUUCUAUAUAAUGUCUGAUUUGAGAGUAAAAACAGAUAUUUUGUAACAGAUUAAUUAUUGAAGUGUCUUACUUUGGGGGGGGGACGUAAAGCUUUCUGUUUGUCAGUUCAGCGAGUCGAUGUUGCACAGUCAGCUAUGUAUGGCUUGUUUUCCUCCUUUUAUUCUUCUGUGUACAUAUACCAUCACAAAAAGCUUUAACAUAUUGUUAAAUAUUGUUUUAAAAGAAAUUCAUAAUAAAAAAGUUUACAUUAA